AUGGCAGAUCAUUUGCUGGGCCGUCCGAGCACGUCCUGGAAACGUACACAUGUGUUCCUAGUGAUACUCUUCUGGAUAUGGAGGCUUGUCGCUGGAAAUCCUGGGGGUCCACGUGUACUCUGGAUCCGGAAACUGAACAAGCGGCUCCAACGUUUUUCCCCAUGGAAAAUCAUCGUUAGUACACUGACUGCUGUGUACGCCGUAAGAAACUUGGACAAGAUCGUUGGGCUCGGAUCUCCAGAGCCACUUGCUCAUCUCUACUCGCCUUCGUACUAUCGUGCGACGUGGAUUGCUACUGGCCUAGACGCUGGGUUCGCAACGGCCAUGUCCGUGAGACCGAAAUGGCUAAGAGACAUAUGUUCCAUUCUGUUUUCAUCAUACUAUAUCAUCUACGCUAAUGAGGGGGACGAGAAGCUUCGCAGAUUUAGGGCUGUGCCAACCGUGGAGAUGUUCCGCACGACGUGGGAGAAAACGGCUAACCCAUAUCUCCGUAUCCUUUCGAGUGCUCCAAACGUAGCAUUUUGUAGAAGGAUACUCCUACCCAGGCCGCCAUCAUCACAGUACGAUCGUCCAAUCACGGUGCAUGUAUACUUUUCGGCACCGGUGCUUCAGCUACAUAAGUGUACGGAUCUCGUACUGGACUUUCCCGGUGGAGGUUUCGUGGCGAUGACACCGGAGCAUCACGAAGAACGGCUGCGGACGUGGGCACUCAGGACCGGAAAAGUUGUCUUAGCGGUGGACUACGGAAAGGCGCCAGAAUAUCCGUACCCUUUCGCAAUGGACGAGUGCUUUGAUCUAUAUAGGCUUCUAGCAGAGACACGCGGGCGGUGCAUCGGCAUGUCGGGCAACGAAUUUAACGUUAUCUUAUCGGGUGAUUCGGCGGGAGCUGCACUCGUCGUGGGCGUCAUGGUCAAGAUUCUCCAGUUUAAUCAAUCACUGCCGGCCACCUCUCCUUCGUCAGCCAGACUCGAACUGCCAGCGGCGCUCGUUCUCAGCUAUGCAGCGCUUGACUUUAAUUUCACAUCGUGGAUGUCACCUGACAACCUGCGGGUGCUGCGUUCGGAACAGUCUACGGGUAACCUACCUGGUUUGCGUGAACUUGCAUCGCAGAAGAAUCACCUGCGACAUGUGAGCCCGCUCAGUAUGGUUGGGGGAAAGCGUGAUAGUGGAUCUCUGGCGAAACGGCGGGGUCUGAAGCGUGGAAAGAGCUGGAGAGAUGCAUUAAUGGACCUUGCAGGGAAUGCAAGUUCGACGGAGGGGAUGUCAGAACCCUUGUGGAGUGCCUCGGAAUCGGCCGAAAAGGAUGGGCAUGCUACAGCGGUAGCAAUGAAACGCAAGUCGAGCGUCAGGUCGUUCGAGGUGCGAACUGCUGAUGAAACGACGAGAGUGAUUCCUGUGAAAGAGGAAGAUCGACCUCUUGAGGAGCGUGUGCGGUAUGUGUACAAAGAGUGUUCUCAGCAAGAAAUGGAUACGAUGAAGAAGACGUGUCCGCAACAGCAUCUGCACAUCUGCUUGGAGAACCAGCAGGAGGAGCUCUCCGAAGCGGUCCAGAAGGCGAAUAUCAACGCUAUCACACUCGUUACUGAGGGGAAUGACCAGGGCAAAGGGAAAGGAAAGGAGCUCGAGCCAAUUGGAACCCGGUUGACGAUGACAAGUCGGGUUGGGUAUUUCCAGGACAGGAUCAUUUCUCCGAGUAUGAUGCGGGCGAUGGCGAUCCUUUACAUCGGACCGCACCGAAACCCUGAUUUUGCUACAGAUUACUUUCUUUCGCCGAUCCUGACGCCUGUGGCGCUCCUCGCACAGUUUCCACCACUGCUUAUGCAGUGUGGGGAGAAGGAUCCAUUCGUGGAUGACACUGUCAUAUUUGCUGGGCGAGUGAGGGAAGCGAAGAGGGCGAGGAAGAGGGAGCUGGACUGGAUGCUUAGCGGUGGCGGUGGUGUUGGCGCGGGCUCGCAAAUGAGUCACGCGCGCGGGGGUGACGAGGUAAAGAGUCUGCAGGCAGAGCGGGAUCGACUAGCACGCGAGACGGAGGACGACUGGGUGCAGAUGGUGUUAUUCAAGGACUGGAGUCACGGAUACCUGCAGAUGAUGACGUUGAUGAAGGAGGCGAGAGCUGUCGUGGAGGACCUGGCGGACUGGAUAGAGGAUGCGUUCGUUAGGUUUGCCAGGAAAGAUAGGGGUGCAUCUGCCACGUCUUCUGUGGGCGUUCGAACUGGUGAUAUGGUGGGGCAGCAGGAGAAGAGUGGUUUGGGUGUAUCGGAGAUCCCGAGCAGCUCGCGCUCGCCCACGAAACGUGCGACUGCGGCUGAUGUGGACACGCCACGGGCUGCGAGCAGCACGGGUAUGAGCUGUUCCGACUCGGGGCACGGCAAGAAUGGAAGUGCGCGCUUGAACCCCAACCCGUUCACGUCGGAGGGGGAGACAGAUGACUCGGGCAUCACGUUUGUGGCGCGCAAACGGCUGGGCAGCGGUGGAAGCGGCAGCAGCGGUGGUGGUGGGAGGAGGGGCUCGUUUGACCGCCGCCCCCGGACGCCGAUGAGUGAACCGGGAGAGCGGGCGAAGGAGGUGGGUGUGAAUGGAGGGGAGCGGAUUACAGAGGUGGAGCUGAUGAGACGGAGGCGGCUGCUGGGACCGUAGUACAUACAUAUCAUUAGUGUGUAUACUUGGGGAAUGGAAUGGAAUGGAAACCCGG